AUGUCAACAACGGCAGCUUAUAAUAUCAGGGGACCGCACCGUCCCCCACCGCCUCCUCCGAGACAAAAAAGUUUAGAACACCGUCCCCUACCCCAGCCUUUGGAUAUGCAGAGCAGCAUCACAGGACCAGCUCCAGUACAGCAUCCUCCUUCCAUUUACCAGCAGCAACAGAAUGGGGCAGUGACUGGUAGCAGCAGUGCUCCUCGUCUUCCUCCAAAUGGUGGGAGCCAGGGAAAGGAGGAGGUGAUAAUGAAGUAUAUGACUGUUGAUAGAAAUUAUGAGACUUUAAAAUCUGUUGCAAGAAAAGCUUUAAUUGAGUUUGAUCAAAUGAGACAGAGACACGAUCAGAAUCUAAAGCAGGUAGAAGAGCAGAAGAGGGCAAGGAUAGAGGCACAAAGCCAGCUCAAGUCUAUACAAGAUGAGCUGGAAAACCUCAGAGAAACUUCUGCCAAAGCUUUUGAUCAAUAUGGUAAACUGACCCAGGACCUUGAAGAACAAACGGAAAUGAGAGAAAGAGCAGAAACAAUGGCAAUGGAGAUGUCUCAAGAGAACAAGAUCCUAAAGAGAGCUACCUCAUCUCUUAGCAAUGCUACUAGUACGAGUGGUGAAGAUCACAAGAAGCUGCUAGCGCAACUCAAUGAAUUGACAACAGAAAACUCCAAACUAUUUACAGAGAAGGAAGAUCUUGAUCAAGCACUGAAUGAAGUGAAGAAAGAACUGCUUGUCCUCCAGGAACGAGUUCAGAAAAGUGAAAAGAAGUUACAGGUCACUCAGUCUGAACUUGAAGCUAGUAAAGCAUCGCUGACACAAACAACAGAGAAAUGUACUAGACUAGAAGAGGAGCUAAUGGUGAGACCUACUGCAGCACAACUGGCCGAAUUUGAGCAGUUAAAAACAAUGUCUCAGCUAACAAUUGAUCAAAUGAAGGGCUUGAGCAUAGAACUGGAGGAAGAGAAGGCAGCAAGAGCAGAAGCUGAAAGCAAAGCUAAUAAAUUACAAACUAGUCUUAAGACAUUGCAAAGGCAAAGUACAGCAUUAAUGUCAGCAGCUGCUGAUGAUGAUAAAUUAACAAAUGCUCUGUUGGAAAUUGAAACACUUCAAAAGAAACUAAGCGAUUCUGAGCAAAAUAGUCAAGUGAAAAUUAAAGAGUUAGAGGAGCAGAUUGCUUUACUUCAGGAAUCAUCUCUAGCAGAAGAGAACCAACAACUUGACGAGAGAUUGAGAUUAUUAACAAGCCAAUUGGAUACCGAAGGACAAAGGGCAGCCACUGCUGAGGCAGAAGUUGAGGAGUUGAAGGCACAAGUGUCUCAAUUAAAGGAAGCAGCUUCAUCAUUACCUUCUGGUGGAUCAGGUCCUCCUCCUCCUCCUCCUCCCCCUCCCCCUCCUCCACCAGGAAGUGGAGCUCCUCCCCCUCCACCACCUCCCCCUCUACCUCCAGGAGUACCACCGCCCCCACCUCCUCCCCCUCCCCCACCUGGUGGAUCAGGAGCUGCUCCUCCUCCUUUACCAUCUCUCGGAGCAUCACUGGCCAGUGUACAGUUAAAAAAAGCUUCUGUAGAUGAAAAAUCGCCAGAAGAAUCAUCUGGUGGUGAUCCAAUGGCUAAUGUAAUGGCAUCCAUACGUAGUGGACAGGUCAAACUGAGAAAAGCUAAAGUAGAAGAAAAGAAACCUUUAGCUCCUGCUGAUCCGAUGGCUAGUAUGAUUGCAUCAAUAAGAAGUGGUAAUAACAUAUAG